GAGAGAGACGAGAGAGAGAGAGAAAGAGAGGAAAAAAAAACAACAUCAAGAGAGCGCACACACAAAAAUAAUAAUAAAAAAAAAAAAACGUUGAGGACGCCGUUUGUUAAUCGCUUGAUACUAUCAAAAAAAAAAUUAAGUUUCUCCAGAGGUAAAUCACAACAAUUAAGCACCACCACCAUGGAGAACGGUGAUGGAAAAAAGAAAACCAUUGAGGGUACUUAUCAAAAGAAAACUCAAUUGGAACAUAUAUUGAUACGUCCAGAUACAUACAUUGGCUCAGUUGAACAAGUAACUGAGGCAAUGUGGGUAUAUGAUAAAGAAGAAGAAAGAAUGGUACAACGUGAAAUAACAUAUGUACCAGGUUUAUAUAAAAUUUAUGAUGAAAUUCUUGUUAAUGCUGCUGAUAAUAAACAACGUGAUCCAAAAAUGGAUAAAAUAAAAAUAGAUAUCAAACAAGAAGACAAUACAAUAUCAGUAUGGAAUAAUGGUAAAGGUAUACCAGUUGCAAUACAUAAAGAAGAAAAUAUGUAUGUACCAACAAUGAUAUUUGGUCAUUUGUUGACAUCAUCAAAUUAUGAUGAUGCUGAGAAUAAAGUAACUGGUGGAAGAAAUGGAUAUGGUGCUAAAUUAUGUAAUAUAUUUAGUGGACGUUUUGUUGUUGAAACAUCAUCAAAAGAAUAUAAAAAAUCAUUCAAACAAUCAUGGGCAAAUAAUAUGAAUAAAUGUAGUGAAGUACGUAUCAAAGAAAGUAGCUCAGAAGAUUUUACAAAAGUAACAUUUUCACCAGAUUUAGAAAAAUUUAAAAUGACAAAAUUAGAUGAUGAUAUUGUUAGUUUAAUGACUAGAAGAGCAUAUGAUUGUGCAGCAUCAACAAAAGGUGUUAAAAUAUAUUUAAAUGGUACAUUAAUACCAAUAAAAGGUUUUAAAGAUUAUUGUGAAUUAUUUAUAAAAGGUAGAACAGAUGAUUCAAAUAAUCAACUUAAAUUAUCAUAUGAACAAUGUGGUCCAAGAUGGGAAGUUGCUGUUGCAUUAUCACCAGAUAAUAGUUUUAAACAAAUGUCAUUUGUAAAUUCAAUAGCAACAACAAAAGGUGGUAAACAUGUUGAUCAUGUUAGUGAUGCUAUUGUUAAAAAAUUACAAGAUACAUUAAAAAAAAAAAAUAAAGAAGGUGCUAAAUUAGAUAAAAAAUCAAUAAAACAACAUAUGUGGAUAUUUAUUAAUUGUUUAAUAACAAAUCCAACAUUUGAUUCACAAACUAAAGAAAAUAUGACACUUGUUGUUAGUAAAUUUGGUUCAAAAUAUGAAGUUACUGAUAAAUUUAUAACUGGUAUAUCAAAACUUGGUAUUAUUGAAUCAAUAUUACAUUGGGCUAAAUUUAAAGCUGAUACACAAUUACAAAAAUUAACUGGUGGUUCAUCAAAGAAAAAAAAAAUAAUUGGUAUACCAAAGCUAGAUGAUGCACAUAAUGCUGGUACAUCAAAAAGUAUUGAUUGUACAUUAAUAUUAACUGAGGGUGAUUCAGCAAAAGCACUAGCUGUUAGUGGUGUUAGUUCAGUUGAUAAAGGACGUGAUAUAUAUGGUGUAUUUCCAUUAAAAGGUAAAUUAUUAAAUGUACGUGAAGCAACACAUAAACAAAUUAUUGAAAAUGCUGAAAUAAAUAAUUUAAUUAAAAUACUUGGUUUACAAUAUAAAAAAAAAUAUGAAACCCUAAGUGAUUUAAAAACAUUGAGAUAUGGUAAAUUAAUGAUAAUGACUGAUCAAGAUCAAGAUGGUUCACAUAUAAAAGGUUUAUUAAUAAAUUUUAUACAUCAUAAUUGGCCAAGUUUAUUAAAGCUUAAUUUCAUUGAAGAAUUUAUAACACCAUUAAUUAAAGUUACAAAAGGUAAUGAAAAACUUAGUUUUUAUUCAACAGCUGAAUAUGAAGAAUGGCGUAAAGAUCAACCAGCACCAAAUAAAAUAAAACCAAAAUACUACAAAGGUUUGGGUACAUCAACAUCAAAAGAAGCUAAAGAAUAUUUUUCUGAUAUGCAAAAACAUCGUAUUGCAUUUACAUAUGCUGGUGAUGAAGAUGAUAAAAAUAUUGUUAUGGCAUUUUCGAAAAAAGCAUGUGAUCAACGUAAAGAUUGGCUAACAAAUUAUAUGACAACAACAAAAGAUAGAAAAGAACGUGGUCUUGGUGAAAAAUUUUUAUAUCAUAAAAAUACACGUUCAGUAACAUAUACUGAUUUUAUUAAUGUUGAAUUAGUAUCAUUUUCAAAUUAUGAUAAUGUACGUUCAAUACCAAAUGUUAUUGAUGGUUUAAAACCAGGACAACGUAAAGUAAUGUAUGUUUGUAUGUUAAGAAAUGAUAAAAAUGAAGUUAAAGUUGCACAAUUAGGUGCAUCUGUUGCUGAAAAAUCAGAUUAUCAUCAUGGUGAAACAUCAUUAACAUCAACAAUUGUUAAUUUAGCACAAGAUUAUGUUGGAUCAAAUAAUAUUAAUUUAUUAUUACCAAUUGGUCAAUUUGGUUCACGUUCAACUGGUGGUAAAGAUGCAGCAUCACCAAGAUAUAUAUUUACUAAAUUAUCUCCAUUAACACGUUUAAUAUUUCAUAAACAUGAUGAUGCACUAUUACAACAUGAAAUAUCUGAUAAUAAAAAAAUUGAACCAACUUAUUAUAUACCAAUAAUACCAAUGAUAUUAGUUAAUGGUGCUGAUGGUAUUGGUACUGGAUGGAUGACCAAAAUACCAAAUCAUAAUCCACGUGAAAUAAUACAAAAUUUAUAUAAUAUGAUGGAUGGUAAUGAUAUACAACCAAUGAAACCAUAUUGGAAAAAUUUUAAAGGUGAAAUUGAACAUUGUGGUGAUACACGUUAUGCUAUUUCUGGUGAAAUUACAAUUAUUGGUAAUGAUAAAAUACAAAUAUCAGAAUUACCAAUUGGUACAUGGACAAAUCAUUAUAAAGAAACAGUACUUGAUGUUAUGUUAUCAAAUGAAUCAAUUGUUGAUUAUAAAGAUUAUAGUGAUGGAUCAGAAAUUAAUUUUCUUGUCACAGUAACACCACAAAAAUUACGUGAUUAUGAACGUGAUGGUGUUUAUAAAGUAUUUAAAUUACAAACAACAAUAUCAAUGAGUUCAAUGUGUGCAUUUGAUAAAAAUUUAUGUCUCAAUAAAUAUGAUGAUAUAACUAGAAUUAUGAGAGAAUUUUAUGAUUUACGACUUGAAUUUUAUGUUAAAAGAAAAAAUUAUUUAACUGGUAUAUUAGAAGCUGAAGCUAGAAAAUUAACAAAUCAAGCAAGAUUUAUAUUGGAAAAAUGUGAUGGUACAUUGGUCAUUGAAAAAAAAAAGAAAAAAGCUAUGAUUGAUGAAUUGAUAGCAAUGGGUUAUGAUUCAGAUCCAGUAUCAGCAUGGAAAGCAACACAAAAAAAUUCAAAUGAAGUAGUUGAGGAUGAUGAAAAUAAUGAUGAAACUGAGGAAAUUAAUGAAACACCAGAUGCUGUUGAUUAUGAUUAUUUAUUGGGUAUGGCAAUGUGGUCAUUAACAAAAGAAAAAAUAGAUGAAUUAUUAAAAAAACGUGAUGAUAAAAAAACUGAAUUGGAUAUAUUAAAAAGUAAAACACCAAAAACCAUUUGGAGAGAUGAUCUUGAUGCUUUAUUAAUAGCCCUAAAUGAUUUUGAAGAAAAACAAAUAAAAGAAGAAAGAGGUGAUAAAAAACCAAAACAAAAGAAAAAAGGAGGUGCUGUUAAAGAAAUUAAAUAUGAAACUGGACGUAAAAUAAAACCUGAAUUUGAUGCUGAAAUGAAAAAAAAAUAUGAAAAAUUAGAUCAACAAACAAAAGAUAAAAAACAAGGUAUUGUUAAAAAGCCAAAAGUUAAAAAAGAAAUUGGUGCUGUUAAAGAAGAAAAAGAUGAAUUUGAUGUUAUGAUUGAAUCAAAUGCAAAAUCAUUAGAUGAUCGUCUUGGUUUAUCACCAGUUGAAAAAAAAACAAUUAAAAAAACUGGUGGUGGUAGACAAACAACAUUACCAUUUAAACCAAUUGAUAAAAAAACAACAACAACAACAAAACAAAAAAGAAAAUCAAAAGGUAGUGAUGAUUCAGAUGAUGAUAGUGAUCCUGAUAUUGAUUUUGAAAGUAUAUCACCACCACCAGUAUCACGUGGAGGUACACGACGUGCUGCUGCUGCUACUAAAAAAACUUAUAAUUUAGAUUCAGAUGAAGAUAAAGAUGAUUCAGAUGAACUUGAAUUUAAAUCAGAUAAUGAUGAAGCAAUGAAUGAAUCAAUUGACAGUAGUAAACAGCCAUCAACAAUAUCAAGUCCAGUACUUGAACAAAGUGAUUCAGAUAAUGAUUUUCAACCAAAUAAAAAAUUAACAAUUCCAAAACAAAGUUCAGAAGAAUUAUUUGAUUCAUUGGUUGGUGUUACACCAGAAAAAACAACAAAUAAUAAAGUAGCAUCUGUUGUUUUAUCAUCAUGUGAUGAUUCAACACCAGUUAAACCAACUAAAACAACUAAAAAAACUAAAACAACAACAACAACAACAACAACAAAUAAGAAAAAAAAUGAAAAUGGUAGUGGAUCAUCAUCUAAAACAAAUAAAAGAACAAAGAAUAAAAAACGUUCAUCAUCUGAUAGUGAUUCUGAUGAAAUUUAUUCAACAAAAUCAAGAAAAAGAGCUAAAAAAUCAGAAUCAAGUGAUGAUGAUUUUGUUGAUGAUUCACCAGUUGUUCCUAAAAAAACAACAAGUUCAAGAUCAAGAAAAGUAAUACAAUAUCGAGUCUCUAACUCUGAUUCUGAUUCUGAUUAAGUAAAUUUAAUUGUAUUUUAAUAAUUAAUACAUGACGUUUGAUUAUUCAACAUUAUUUUUUCAUUGUUUUGAGCUUUUUUUACAAAUCAAUUGAUUGUAAAAAUAAUUCACAAUUAUUAAUAAUAAGCAAAACAAGACUCAAUAAUUUUUGUGAAAAAAAAAAAAAAAACAAAAAACUAAUAAUAAUAAUAUGUAGUAGCGGUAAUUAAUUGUUUAAUAAUAAUUAACUGUCUAAUUUUAUUUUAGUUGAAAAGCAUACAUUAUUUUUUUUCUAUUUUUAAUUAUUAAUUGAAGCAAUUUCAUGAUUAUUUUUUAUUUUCUUUUUUUAAUGAUAAUAACAAUACCGUAUUUAAUAAGUAAUUUUUCACGUACAAAUAUUAAAAAUUAAUAAUAUUUAUCACACUUACCUCGAUGGUCAUUCCUCAUAAUUAUUAAUAUUGUUAUUAUUUUAAACAAAAAGAGGUUUGAAAUUGAUAAAAAAAAUAUUCAAAAAUGUGUAUCGAUAAAUUUUAAAAAAUAAUAAUUUUAAUUGAUUGAUUGAUGUAUGAUUAAGAUAAUUGUUUAUGAUUAGAUUGAAUGAAUGAGAUGAUUAUUUUAUAACAAUAAAACAGUUAGUUAAUAUUAUAACAAUAAAACAAUUGUAAGAGAAAAAAAAA